AUGAUAAAAGCUUCAGAAAGGCAUAUAAGUGAAAUUACGGAUUAUGUGAAUAAGAAUCAUGGUUAUGAUGUCCCCGAAGUGAUUUCUAUUGAUUCCCAAUUGGAGAAGACGUAUAAAACUUUAUAUGAUUUGGAAAUGGAAGUACCUUUAUUGUCAACAAUGGACCUAGACAUGACCAAUAAUGGGCAACUCAUUUUUGAUAUGUCAAUGUUAGAAUCAAAUGAUACUAAGGGUACUCCUCCGAGUAAAAAGGAUCUCUUGGCAACCCAACUCGCUUUCGUGUUGCCUAUUGGUACCAUUUUCUUUUUGCUUUUUUGUUUUCUUCGAACUCGUUGGUCUGUUAUGUAUGCUCCACGAAGUAGGUUGGGCAGACUCGCGCCAAAGCCUUUACCAAAUACAUUUUUUGGAUGGAUUGGUCCUUUGCUCAAAAUCCCAGAAUCAGAUGUGUUAAACCUUGUGGGGUUGGAUGCUGUCGUGCUUUUGGCAUUCUUUAAAAUGUCUUAUAAACUCUUUGCAUUCUGUGGAUUUUUCGCAUUGAUUAUAUUAUCUCCAAUAAAGAUUUACAAUAUCUUCCCAUUUUUUGGAAAUGACGAUGGUAAUAACUUAUUUGACGGAAAUUCAACUGAUCCUCAAUUCCCCGAUGACGGUCCAACUGAAUCACAAGGAAUUCUAGUGUCAUAUGUAGUCUUUACUUGGGUGUUUUCUCUCGCAACAUAUUAUUUCACAUUUUAUAAUUAUAGAGAAUUCUCAGAAGUACGUCAACGAUAUUAUCUUCACUGGAAGGAAACACUUUCUGCAAGAACUGUAAUGGUUACAGUUAUUCCAAGGAGCUUGCAAACAGAUAGUGCAUUAAAAGAGUUUUACAGCAAUUUAAAUUUAGGUACAGUCGAAAGUGCUGUAGUAUAUCGACAUGUUCGAAAACUUAGGCACGCGAUUGAAAAACGAGCAUCAUGUUUAAGAAAGUUGGAAGAGGUUUAUGUAGAGUAUUUGGGAAAUCCUUGUGUGGAUCCAAAUUAUAAUCCUGAUCUAGCAGUCCAUGCAUUUGAACAAGCUCUAAACGAGGAUCCUUCCACUGCAAAUAGUAAGACUGCAGAAGUUCUUGAUAAAGUUAAAGCAAAAAGGCCUACAAUAAGGACAGGAUUUCUUGGAUUAUUUGGGGAAAAAGUUGAUAAAAUCGGUUAUUAUACCGAUUCUUUUAUUUAUUAUGAUCAAUUAUUAAAACGUGGUAGAUAUGGCUCUUUUGUUUCUACCUCAACGGGCUUCGUGACUUUCAAGGAUAUUACUAGUGCGCAAAUAGCUGCGCAAAUACUAAUACGUCCGGAACCUUUCCAAUGCAAUACCGAACUUGCUCCUGAACCUCGUGAUGUAUUUUGGUAUAAUUUGAAUAUUCGCAAACGGGAGAUGCUAGUUCGUGAUUUUGUCGUCAAUAUAUGCAUUGUUUUCCUUGUAUUUUUCUGGACUGGACCUAUUUCAUUCUUUGCAUCACUGUUGAGUUUAAGCUCAUUGAAAAAAGUCUUUCCAUGGUUAGCAGAAUUGGCAGAUAAAAAUGAAUUCUUGAAAAAUUUUAUUCAGGGUACUUUACCUCCUCUUGCUGUCGUCUCAUUUAACGCGUUACUUCCAAUUAUUAUGCAAUUUCUCUCUAAACUUCAAGGAAUUCAUUCCCGCAGCAUGAUUGAAUAUUCAACGUUUUCAAAAUAUUUCUUUUUCUUGUUGUUUAAUGUUCUUCUUGUUUUUACCAUUGCUGGUACUUUUUUUAAUGCACUUGAAGACAUUAUUAAUGAUAUACCAGGAAUACCACUUACUUUGGCGAAAAACUUACCUCGAGUAGCCCCAUUUUUUAUCAAUUAUGUUAUUCAAGGAAUUGGUUUAUUCCCAUCUCGUAUAGUCAUGAUUAAAGAGAUUGCUUUGGCUUACUUUAUGCGUGUUAUUUUUGCAAAUACGCCAAGAGAUUUUGCCGAAGGCAGCACUCCACCACUUGUGGAUUAUGGACAAGAAUUAGCACCUAUCGUGUUGGUUUUUAUUCUUGUUCUUGUAUAUUCUUCUCUUACGCCAAUUAUUCUCCUUUUUGGCACAAUUUACUUUUUCUUUGGUUAUAUUUGUUUUAAAUAUUUAUUAUUAUAUGUAUAUUUCCAUCCUUAUGAAUCUUCUGGACUUUCAUGGCCAAAGAUUUUCCGAAGAAUUAUGAUUGGCGUAUACAUUUUUCAACUAUUAAUGAUUGGAUAUAUGUCAUUGAGGAAAUCUUUUCAUUUAGCUGUAAUCAUAAUGCCCCUUAUAGUUAUUACGGGUGUUUACACUUAUUUUGUGAAUGGAGCAUAUGAUAAAAGUUCGAGAUUUAUACCAUUAGAAAGUAUACGUGAAGAUCAAAAAAAAUUGUCUGAUGAUAGAAUUGAUGUCAGGUCUAGACCAAGUUCACAGGGCUCCGGCAAAAAAGUAGUGACAAUUGACGCUCCGAAAGGAAGUUCGGCUAGCAUCUCAAAUAAUAAUGAGAAUGAUAACAAUGUAAAAGAAUCUUCUCCAAGAGACGUAUUAGAAGAUGAUUUAUAUCAUGCGGAUCCAGAUUUAUAUACAGAUUAUAUUCAACCUCCGAUGACAUUAUAUAAAGGUGUACUUAAUACAGGGAUGAGAAACUAUCUAUCUCCAUCAUUAGUAGGAGUAUUACCAUGGUUAUGGCUUCCGGUCAAAAGAACAAAACAAGAUGAUGAAAAUACUUAUGGAGGAAUGAUUAGAAGGUUAUUGGGAAUGAAUAAGUCUCAACAAAAAAUUUCUCAAUCAGAACAAACUGUUAGUGCAUCAAUUGAACAUGAUAGACAAAUUCAACAAGCGGCAGAUGCAAGAAUGAACGCGGCUAUAGAAGUUGCUGAAAAUGUUAACGAUGCGGAAUUGUCUGGCUCUUUUUCAGGACAUGGAACUGCUGAUACUAGUGAACCGGUUACUGAACAAUUUAUGGAAGAACCUGAGCAAAUGAUUACAUCAAGUGAAGAGCCAAGUACAUCGACUGCUAUCAAUCAAAUAGCAUUUCCAAUAAAAAAAUCUAGAUUACGUAAAAUGACUGAUAAACUUGGAAUCAUUGCAGGAAAAAAUUUCUCCUAA